AUGACUGCGUCGGCUGUUCAAAGCCACAUGCACCACACAGCUGCGAGCGACUGUUACGACCCCGAUGACGUCCUCCCUCACGAUAGCCCCCAAAUGCAAGCUCACCGCCCCAGGCUACAGCCCUCACCCAGUCCUCCGCCUGCUCUGAGCCCUAGCCGAAAGUCGUUCCACGGUCGUCGCAAGGUCGAGCCCAUUCAAGGCGAUGCCGUGUUAGUGGCUCAUCUCGGAAACGGCAGACAGCCAGACGUCGCCCAGGCCGCCGCUCUUGAACCCCUUGCCUCUGACAACGGAUCCGAAUCUGAGUCUUCUUCCCCAACCUCUCCUGAGCGCGACAUGGACAAAUCGGCGGAACCUUUCGAUCUCAAGAUUCUCGCUGCCGGCGCCUUGGCUUUCACUUCACCUGGUGCUCCCGAGCCAUCUGUCCCAGUUACCAAUUCUACUGCUGGAGCACUCAAAAUCGAUCAAUCGCGCUCAGGAGAGAGACCCCGGGUUCAACAUGAGGCAUUGCCUUUAGGUCCUGGCAGUCGGGAGUUGCCCAUUCGCGAUGAUCGGCCAAGUCAUGGCUUAGCUGCCCCAGCUGUCGUUUACUCUGCUGGGGACAAGUACACUUCUCGUCGUUCGGCGCCUAGUCUUUGCCAGGCCGAGGUCACGUCCCCGAUGAGCCCUCCACAGUCUGCUCCCAGUGGUCUUCCUCCACUUCUGGACUCCCCCAAGUCCGAUGGCAGCGGUCAUGGUCCAUUACCAUCUAUCAGAUCCCAGCUUGGGGACUUGCAGCGCCUGGCAGAUACUGCUAGAAGUCCUGAGCAUGAUCUGGGUUCUGCGCGACACACGGCUUCAUAUCCCCGGUCGCCACCAACCAAUAUCCCCCGACUACCCUCACUCGCCGGGCUUCCAAUCGGUCACACAUCACCUCCAAUUUCGCCCAAUGAAGGCUUUCGUAGAGACCACCCAUCGCCUGCGCAUCCUCUAGCCGUUGUCAGUCCUUACUACUACGCGUCUUCAUCGAGCGGUGGCCAUCACAGACAAAGUACCGACUAUAGUAGCGGUACAGCAGAAACCCCGAGCACUGAUCAGACCGCUUCAACGCCCGCCACGUCUGUGGCGGAUCGAAUGAGCAUCGACGGUCUUACAAAUCCUCAGGCAGGUUAUGUCUGCACCUUCUCGGGAUGCAACGCGGCACCAUUCCAAACUCAGUACUUGCUCAACUCGCACGCGAAUGUUCACUCAUCUGCUCGACCACACUACUGCUCUGUCAAAGGCUGCCCUCGGAGUGAGGGUGGCAAAGGGUUCAAGAGAAAGAAUGAGAUGAUCAGGCACGGGCUCGUUCACGAAUCUCCGGGAUAUGUAUGCCCUUUCUGUCCUGACCGAGAGCACAAGUAUCCUCGGCCAGAUAAUCUUCAGAGGUAA